UAAUUACAUACUUUGCUUGAUAAAUUAAUUUUUAAAGAAUUUUCUGUGUGACAAAAUUUAAGAUUUAAUUUUCAAAAAAUUUGUUCAGGUCUCUUAACAAAACAAAGCAGCUAAAAUAAGUUUAGCUGCUUUCAUUAACAAUUUACUAAAGUUUUCUUGACAUCCCUUCAUAAUAUAAGCCCUAGACUACAAAGUUUUGCUUGAGUUAUAGAAAUAUUUGUGUAAUAUUGUUAUAAUUUUUUUAUUUAUUCUUGAUUGCUUAAUAUGCAAAAUUGGUGUGCUAAAUGAGUGUUCUAACUUGUGAACAUUUAUUUUAUGAGUGAACAAGUAUUGUACUACACCAUGCAUUGUGGCAGAAAAAUGGUCAUAUCUUUGAAUGCUAAUCUUGAGCAUCCAUUUGUACCACCACACUCCCCAUUAGCCACUUCAUAUUGCAGGCUGCCUAGGACUCCUAAUUUCUCUCUCGUUGCUUCAGGGAUCUGUGUAGUUGUUUUGCCUUCAGUAAUUAAUUAAUUUUUGUUUAUUCACUUGAAAAAAAUGGAAAGCUUUGCAGUAUUCAUAUGGUGUUAAAUCCGGAGACCUCAGUGAACUAAAUGACAUUGAGUGAAUCUUGUGAAGAUGUUAUGCAAUGAAGUAAUCAUGAUCUAAGAAUGAAAUAUUUUGUGCUCCUAAGAAGUCAGUCAAGUCAUAGAGUUGAGGGGAGAGAGAUGGAUCUUCAGAGGAAAGAUUAGUUUUGGGUGAUGUAGACUUCCAGAGAAGGGAUUAAAUGAAGGAAAAUUUGAGCUGAAAUGAAAGAAUAUUUAGUAUUGUGACAAGAGGGUGUUUCAUAGCCUUGACUAUUGGAGUAGUAUAAAUUCUUGUCAUGAGGAAAUGGUUCAGAGUUUAGAGAAGAGGGAAUGAUGAUCUUCCUGCCUGCUGCAGUCUUGUUUAUCAGUUCUGCCUUUGUUUAGCAAUGGUCCAUUGCCUCUCAUUGACUCUAGUUCAAAAUUGUGUAGUUUAGAAAUAAAUUUAAGUUUAGCUCUCUUCCAUUAGAGAGAUAUUGGGGAUUUAUUAUAUAUUUAAGCAUUGCAGUUUUUUCUUCUUUUGAACUUUGUGAUUUCUGGCAUGAAUAAUUUAAUAAUUUUAAAUCUACUAGCCAAAAUAGAGCUUUUUUAAUUUUCAGCUCCAAGAAGACUGGAAAGCAACCUUGAUAAAGUGAGAGAAGAUGAGCGGAAAAUGGAUCAGAGUCAGGAUGGAGAAAUUAAAACCAGAGAAGAUGAGGUUAAGUUUGAGGACUUGAAGGAAAUCCUUAGUAGGCAGAAAACACUAAUGAAAAAUCUCGAAGAUGAACUAGAGAAACCUAAUGCCAAUCCCUCUUCAAUUGUAACUUUUCUUUUGAGCAUUAUUGAUCUGCUUCCUGGACAGUUGACCCCACAGCAGUAUGCAGGUUUGGACCAGCCUAAUCAACAUGCACAGCUAUUUUAUAAAUACCUCUGUGCCAUAAAUGUUGGCAUGUUGAUUAAGAAUUUUGUGAAUAAUGGAGUUUUGAGGAAAAAUUCUGAUUGCAAGAUAUUGUUUCAUGAAAUUUUGCAAGCUUGCUAUUUAGAAGAAAGUGUGAGUGCAUUACUAAUCACAAUAAAUGAGGCAGACUUGGAUAAAUCAAAGGUUGCAGCAAAUUUAUUAGAGAGAGUAAUUUUAUCAGAUUCAUUUUUGUUCUGUCUUUUGAGACAUGCUUCACUAUUUAUGAGGAAGGAAAAGGACAUAGUAGUAUGGGAGGAAACUGUUAGACUUCUCAUCACCUUGCCAGAAAAGGUUGCAAAUAAACUUCAUAGCAAUAUUCCAGAGACCUUGAUACCAAAAAUAUAUUGCAAAGUUAUUGCCUAUCAAGUUCUUCAGGCUGUGUGUUUUAUAGCUAAGGGACUAAGCAAAGAUGUUCCUGGCAAUGUUGAACCCAUUGGCAAACUUUUUGGCCACAUGUGUUAUGUUAGUGAUGCACAAGCUUUGCUCACUCCUUUUGUCUAUUGGGUAAAAAAGUGUUCCUCCAAAAAUCCCGUAGUUGUAAGAGUCACACACAAAAUAUUUCAGCAUAUACCCCCUAUGGCUAAAGAAAGAUUCAUUGCAACCUUGUUAAGUAUGGAAAUUGACUACAAAAUGCUGUAUAUAAUGGUGGGAGAUUCUGGCAUUGUUUGUCCAAAGACUAAUUAUCUUCUUACACAAAAGUUUCUCAUUACUAGACAACUCUCUAGCAUGUCAGUUCCUGUUAUUAUUGAAUAUUUAGCAGCCUCAGAAAGUAGCCACCAAGUUCUCAGAACUACAUUUCAAACAUUGUUCAGUACUUGGUGUGACAAGAGCAUUAUGGCUCAUACAUCCUUUGAGUAUCACAAAGACAUUACUAGAGGCCUGUUGGCCUGCCUUGCUCACUUCACUGAAACUGAUGUUCACUAUUGUAGAGAUGAAAUUAUGGAAAAAAUGCUUCAUGGAAUUGCUAGUCACCUUGACAGUGCAAAUCAUCAGAUGAAUCUGGUGGGGAUGGUUGUGGGUGAAGAGUUAACAAAAGUCUUUUAUGCAGAUGCCCCAAAACUCAGAUUUGAAUAUGAUGAUAAUGAACUUGUUCUUGAUUUAAAGCUUGUUGGGUGUUGCAAAAAAAAUUAUAAAACGUGUAAAAAUUUAGUUUCCUUAAUAGAGGUUGAUGUGACAGAAGACAGUGAUGAAAAUUCAUUUUGGUUUGAGGACUUGAGGAUGGAAUUACAAAAUUUGAGUACAUCUAAGAGAUCAUUUAGUAGAUCCAAAGAAAAUGAGGACACUUCUGAAAUGGAAAGUAAAGAUAAGGAAAAUAAUUUUCCAACAGGUGAAAUAAUCAAAAGUGUUGGUGAACAGUACCCAGGGUCAUUUGACAAUGUUGAAGGAUUGGAUAGUGAUGAUGAAUUUCAACCAUAUGACAUGUCAGAUGAUACACCUAAAACCAAAGUUAAGUCACCAUCAUAUCCUCAAGAAGUUCUAGAAUAUUUAAUUGAAGGUGAAGCAGACAUGGUUGAAGCAGCUCUGAAGGUAUCCGAGAAAAUUGUACGUCAGGAAUCAGCAAGAGUGGAUUCUGAACUAAUUGUGGAGAUGACGAAGGUUGUCCUCUGUUUAGAAGAUAAUUAUAACACUGAGGGGUUUGAGGAAAGCCGUUUGAAAACUCUUCUUGCAUUGACGAUCUCGCAUCCUAGCAAGUGUGCACUAUACCUUGGUGGUGAAUUUUAUAAAAGAAACUAUAGUGUUAGGAAAAGAAUGGAUAUAUUACAUACUCUAAGUAGAGCUGCAGUUGAACUCUCAGGAGCAGAUCAGUGUAUUUUAUCAACUAGAAAUGAUACUGUUCCAUCUACUAAUAAAAAUUUACAUGAAACCUUGAAAAAGAAUGUAAUGAAAAAUGUUGCUGGAUUUUUUUUCUUUCCUCUUAUCCAUGGCAUUACUGAGUCACAGCCAUAUCUUGAUUUAUUAGACACAGAUCGUGCUCUCCUAUGUAAUCUUUUGAGGACUCUUGGUCUGAUUGUUGAGAUUACUGGACAGUGUGAAAUAACAUUGAAAAUGGCUGAGUGUCUUUUGGAAUUAACUUGGUUCUUACGCACACAUAGUGACUCUCAAGUUCGUGCUGCUUGUUUAGAAGCUCUUAGUGCAGGUUUGGCAUGUGUGCCUGAUGCUGUAUUGUUGUCACUAGUUCCAGGAGACCUGCUUGAACUGCGCCAGUGGUUGGCAAUAACCCUAAAAGAGGAUAAAGACAAAAAAUGCCAACUUCUUGCAACAAAGUUGGCACUGAAAUUAGACAAAUGCUUUUCUUAGUAAAUUGGCUAUUCUAGUAGUUAAAUAUAAGUUACACUGUGUACUCGCUUAGUUGAGGCUGCAGGGGUCGAGUCCAAGCUCCUGGCCCUGCCUCUUCACUGGUCGCUACUAGGUCACUCUCCCUGAACCGUGAGCUUUAUCAUACCUCUGCUUAAAGCUGUGUAUGGAUCUUGCCUCCACUACAUUGCUUCCCAAACUAUUUCACUUUGUGUGUGUGUGUGUGUGUGUGUGUGCGCACACGUGUGUAAUGUGUGUGUGUAUGUAUAUAAUGUAUAUGUACAUGUGUGUGUGUAUGUAUAUGUAUUUAUAUAUUUGUAUUGUAUUUUAACAGCUGUAACUGGCAGCUUUUCAUUUUAUAAAUUUCACUUUAACAGUU